UGCCUAUGUAGAAGGCAGACGCGCAUAAAUGAAGCUGUUCGACUUUCUUUCUCGCUCAGCGCGACACAUAAACAAAAGGCACAUUGCGACUUGAUCCCCGGCGCGUCCCGCUUCUGUCCCACUUCACGCGGUUUCUUUUUUGUAUCCACUGGAGCUGACCGGAGCUGAACGGAGUACUCUUUUUUCUCAUCAUUAUUAUUAUUAUACAAUUACAAAAGAGAAAUUUAAAACUAUAUCAAUUAUAAUAUCAAAGAAACUUGAUCACUUUUUUUUUUUUUUUGCGGCUCUACGAUCUUCAUUCAUCAGAGUUUUUUUUUUUUUUUUACUUUUUUCCGGCAUUAUUCUGUUGGAUAUGCACAGGGAAUUAUUAAGGGUUUAAAAACAUAUGUAAAGACGGAACCGUCACAGCAAACAACAGACCCCGGUUCGGAAGAGCGCCUGCAGCCGAGCUCUGAGUCCCGGCUCCCGUAUACGUGCACCGUCGCGCGAGCUGCUCCAGCGCCGAACCCCCGCCGCGCGCCACCUCCGUCCUCCAAACCGAGCACAAUUCAGCGAGCAAAAGGUCAACCAGAUCGAUGGCCUUGUGACAAUGAGCAGGAGGUCACAGUCUUUGGAACAGCUCCGUUUUGUUCAUCUAAAAUGCUCUCCUCGAGACAUGCCCUGCGUUCAGGCCCAGUAUGGCCCCGCCCCCCCAGGGUCCAGCUACUCUGCCCAGUCCUUCGUCUAUCCCGGCGAAUACCACGGUAGUGAGCUCAUGUCACAGGACUACGCUAAAUGCGAUUUGGGUGGAGGGGAGAUCUCAGCAGCAGCAGCCACCACAUCGCUGCCCAGUUUUAAUGUGUUCGUCGAGGGCGGCUUCGAGCCCAAACCCUCGUGCUUGUACCAGAUGUCUGUGCCACAACGGUCCAUCAUUAAGAAGGAAGAGGAGAGUUAUGCAUCGGUUGAUGAAGCCAUGGCCACUGGGUCCAUGUAUUUUAAGCAAUCUCCACCUUCGACUCCACCCACACCACUCCACCCAGGCCAUGCUGGCACCUCUUUCCUGUGGGACGAGACUCACGGUCUACCUCUGGUGCCCCAAACCUGCCCACGCUUCACUCAUUUCUACGACCAGGCAGCACAGUCCGUGCCCUCUUCCAGCAGCUAUGAGGCGCCCAUGGGUUUGCCGAUCCGACCCGAGCGCUCUCCUUCAUCUUCUUCCUCCCAUCCGCCACCCGGCCUCGAGCCACACUCUCAUGCACACUCGCACGUGUACCCACUGAAUGUGGGCAAACCAGGAGGCUUGGGCUUCCGUUCUUUGGGCAUGGGGCCAUGCCCCCAGUCACUCCUGGCAGAGAGCUUGCCAUCGCCACCUGGACGUGCAACCUCUGGGGAGGGCACCUGUGCUGUGUGUGGAGACAACGCCGCCUGCCAGCACUAUGGUGUUCGCACCUGCGAAGGCUGCAAGGGAUUCUUUAAGAGAACAGUGCAGAAGAAUGCAAAGUAUGUUUGUUUGGCCAGUAAAAACUGCCCAGUGGACAAAAGGAGAAGAAACCGCUGUCAGUACUGUCGCUUCCAGAAAUGUCUCAGUGUGGGCAUGGUGAAGGAAGUGGUGCGCACAGAUAACCUGAAAGGAAGGAGAGGUCGUUUGCCAUCGAAGCCGAAGAGUCCACUGCAGCCUGAACCGUCUCCCCCUUCACCCCCUGUCAGCCUCCUCAACGCCCUCGUCCGUGCCUACUCCCAGUCCAUCCCCCGAGAGCUCGACUACAGCCAGUUCAGUGCUGUCGAGACGGGAACUUUAGCAGAGGCUCAGCAGAUUCAGCUCUUCUAUCGCGUCCUCACUGGCUCCAUGGAGGUGACACGUCACUGGGCCGAGCGGCUUCCCGGAUUCAACGAGCUCCACCAUGAUGACCAGAGUCUGCUCAUAGACUCGGCCUUCCUUGAGCUCUUUGUGCUCCGCCUGGCCAACAGGUCGUUGUUGGCGGAGGAGAAGUUUGUUUUCUGCACAGGCCUGGUGCUCCACAGGCUGCAGUGUCUGCGAGGUUUCGGCGAAUGGCUCGACUCAAUCAGAGAUUUCAGCUCUCAUCUUCAGAGUCUCAGCCUGGAUUUACCUGCGUUUUCUUGCCUGUUGGCACUGGUGCUGCUCACAGAACAAUGUCCCGGCCUGAAGGAGCCCAAGAAGGUGGAGGAGCUGCAGUCCAAGCUCGUCUGCUGCCUUCGAGAGCACCUGAGCUCCGGCGGAACCACAAGCGUGGCUGCAGCAGGCAAAGCUCCUCCCCCAGUGGCUGCCAUUCUGGGUCUAAAGGCAGAGCUAAGGUCACAGCGCACUCAAGGCCUACAGAGGAUCUUCUACUUAAAGCUGGAGGACCUGGUCCCACCUCCACCACUUAUCGACAGGUUCCUGGACACACUGCCCUACUAAUAUAGACACGCUCCUCCCAAAAAAAAGCUCACCUGGGCCUGAUUAUAGGCUGAAGACUCACCACUGAGGAUAGAGCCUGAAUGAGAGACUUGCUGAACUCUGAUUUUUCUCUUAAGAGGCUCCAGAUGUACACUCUUUCCACCUCAGAUCUGUGUCGGAUAGUGUGUGUGUGUGUGUGUGUGUGUGUGUGUGUGUGUGUGUAAAGAAAAGCAUCAGAACUGUGCUUUUGGACCGUCGUUCAGUGUGUGUGUGUGUGUGUGUGUGUGUGUGUGUGUAAAAGAGAGAAAUAAAUUGAGAGAUGAAAGGUGAAAGGUUUCUAUUCAGUCAAAAGGCAGUCAGUAUGCUCACAUACACGUACAUCCAGUUACACGAGACACAAAGGACAUAAAAAGAGUGUGAGUGCGAGAGUGUGUAUACGCAUCUCUGUGGAACGCUUGAGUCAGAGCGAAUCAAGAGACGUCCAGACAAAGUGCAUUAAAUUCUAACCACCGAGUCACACUCUCAAAACUGCAUACAAGUGCAAUUUACUAAGUGCUAUUUAAAAGAAAAAGAAAUGAAUUCGACAGAAAAGUAGGAAAGAAAAUGCAGGAAAGAGUGUGCGUGUGUUCCAUUUCUAUUUCAACUCUAAAUUAUUUUAAUACUACGGCUCGCCCUGUGAAAUGAAGUAAUGAUAUCAAACCAGGCAGAUUUCUUAUACACUGGUCUGCUCACUAACUCUCGUAACUCUUGAGCAAGUUCUACAGACUUGAAAUGACUGUAGAGUUUUAUUUUAUUAUUAUUUCUGGAUUUUGCAAACCUAGGGAAUUUUAGGGUUAGGACUAUAGAGCUAAGAGUGCAGGGGAGCAUUUGGGCUACAAGCACUUAUUAAGAAAGGAAAGAGAGGAAUGGGGCACGGAAGGAGGGAAUGAUAGAGCGGGAAAAUGGGAGGGACAAAACAUUCCGUGCUCAUGCUCAUGCUCAUUUUUUUUAUAAGUUUCUAUUGUUAACACCAUCUAUUAAUAUGGAGGACUUUGUUGCAAAAAAGUCUUUGUCUUUUAUUUGUACAAAAGAAAACAGAUUAUAUGCAUGGUUUACUCUUUUCUCGCCUUUUCUUGCCUGUAUUUAUUUUGUUUGCGAAAGACGGCCAGCUCGUCAAAGGGCUCGGACACAUUCACAGACUGGGCUUUUCCGCUAACUUUGCCCAUAGGCAACCAUUUGCGACAAAUGGAGAAUUAUAUAAAUAUAUAAACAAAUAUAUAUAUAUAUAUAUAUAUAUAUAUAUAUAUAUAUAUAUAUAUAUAUAUAUAUAUAUAUACAUUCACAAAAUACAAAACUAAUAUUUUGAAGUGUUUUUAUCCAAUAGAUUUUUUCAAAUCUUGUGGUACAAGUUGUGCAUUUGUUUGUUUUUUGUUUGUUUGUUAGUUUGUUUUUUGUUUUUUCUUUGUGGUUUUUUUUUCUCAAAGAAAAAACAAGAUUACAAAAAAAAUGUCUCUUUUUGAUUUGUUUGGAUUACUUUUUUUUCUCUUCGGUUCACUGGAGGCUCUGUUCAGCACUUUGAAAUCAUAAAGAAAAAAAUGAUUA